CACACUUUUCCCUUUACAACUUUCUCCCCUCUGCAAUCUACUUAUGAUAAACUUCCAUCCCCAGGCUGUAUGUCUUCCAUACAUCUGACAUCGCUCUAUGCACACACAUCAAGCAGUCAUGACUUGUGACAACUUUUCUCUUUUCAAGAGAAUCUAAAAAAAAGAAAAAGAAAUAAAAUCUCUUUUCUUGGCUGGAUGUGUGAGGAUGCCCUAACAUGGAUCGUACUCAGCUGCUGCUCUCGGUGCUGUCAGCCUUUGUGUGGAGCUUGCUGGCCAGCAGGAUGUGCCCGGACCUGAUCACUGACAGCUGCCUGUGCACGGCGGAGCGUUCCAAGGGACUCGGCCACCACAAAGUGCUGCUCAUCAAAGUGCUGUGCAAUGGAGGGGAGCUGCUGGAAACUUUACAUCCUGCGCUACUUCCCAACCUGACAGUCAGCCUGAUUCUGAGCAAUAACAAGAUAUCGCUGGUAAGGAACAGAGCUUUUUUUGGGCUGAACUCCCUGGAGAAACUAGAUCUGAGGAAUAACUUGAUUAGCACCAUCGAGCCGGGGGCCUUUUAUGGACUUUCUGAACUGAGGCGUCUUGACCUAUCUAACAACAGAAUUGGAUGUCUGUCAUCUGACAUGUUCUCAGGACUUCAUAACCUGCAAAAACUUAACCUAUCAGGAAAUAUUUUUUCAACACUGGAACCUGGUCUUUUCAAUGCACUUUCUUCACUAAAAGUCAUAUUUUUUGGUAGUGAAUCCCUCAUCUGUGACUGUAACCUUAAAUGGGUCUUGAAAUGGGCGGCAUCUUCAUCAGUUCGUAUCAGUGAGGACACUGUCUGUGAACACCCGCUUAACGUCCGGGGACUCGAAUUUCAUGCCCUACGAGAGAGCCAGUUAACAUGUGAUGGACCAUUGGCAAUACCCUUGUUUCAGAUAAUUCCAUCACAGAAGCAGAUUGUUUUCCAUGGUGAUCGCCUCCCCUUUCAUUGUACUGCUACAUACAUGAAAAGCACUAGUGAUAUUUACUGGCUUCAUGAUGGACGACUGAUUGAAAGUGACGAGGAGAGGGGGAUUUUUGUUGAAGAAAGCAUAGUUCAUGACUGCUGCUUAAUUACGCGUGAUCUAAUUUUGUCCAGUGUUGAUGUAGAUGCCUCGGGUAUUUGGGAAUGCCAAGUGAAUACUUCCUAUGGAAGCAUCUCCAAGCAAAUAGAGAUUGUUGUUCUGGAAACUGGAGCACCUUAUUGCCCCAUGGAAAGAAUAAUCAAUAACAAAGGGGAUUUUAGAUGGCCUAGAACGUUAGCUGGCAUGGUGGCUUUCUACCCCUGCAGAGCGUUUGCACUUGGCUCACUGCUUUAUGCUGAACAUGGAGAAGAACCACGAGCCUGGCGAAAGUGUGACCGCAAUGGACGCUGGGCAGAACAAGACUAUUCAGAAUGCCCCUUUACUCACGAAGUAACAAGACAUCUUCAUGCCUUCAGCCUGAUGCCUGUGAAUGACUCCAAUGUCCUUGAAUAUGCUCAGCAGCUAAUGACCUACACCAGGGGAGCCUCCGACUUCACGGAUAAGAUGGAUGUGGUGUUGGUGGCAUACAUGAUGGAAAGGAUGAUAACGUUUGUGGCACAAAUCAAACCUCUUGGAGGAAUUCUAGUAGAGAUUGCAAGUAACAUUAUGUCUGUAGAUGACCACAUUCUAUGGAUGGCGCAAAAUGAAGCCAAAGCAUGCACAAGAAUCGUGCAAUGUGUGGAAAAGAUCUCUGGCCUGUCGCUGGACAAUAAAACCCAAGUACUAUCAAAGGUUUCCCUUAAUAUCGCACUGGAGGCUGUCCUAAUCAAGCCCGCAACCUUUAUUGGCAUGACUUGCGUUGCCUACCAGCAAACAUCUGCACAUUCAGAGAGAUCAUUGAUCCGCAGUAAUAAGGAUGUAGAUACGGAAAAUAUUCACAAUUUAAUUUUAAAGUGCACCUCUGGCAGUCUGACCGACUCGCUGCUGAACUUCUCCACAAAAAACACUGUAGCCAUCGCCUCUAUUCAUUUACCACAGUCUGUAUUUGCACAGUCUCCAUCCUUACAAUCUGUUGAUAACUCCACUUGCAAGCUCCAGUUUAUCGUCUUUCGGAAUGGGAAACUCUUUCAGAUCACUGGGAAUACAUCAUAUCUUGCAGAUCAGGGCAAACGUCGGGAGGUUGCUACACCAGCUGUGCUUUCUAAAAUAGAUGGGUUCAAUUUUGGAAACCUCACUGACCCAUUGACCAUAGCCCUGAGACAUAUUACAAGGGGUGUAGACCCUAUUGCUGCCGUUUGGGAUUUUGACCUUCUUGACGGACAUGGGGGCUGGUGCGGAGAAGGCUGCCACUUAAUUACCUCUGCGGGCAACAUCACCACCCUUCAGUGUACUCACUUCGGGAACUUUGCAGUGCUAAUGGAUUUGAAGACUGUGCUGUCUUACCCUCAGUACCCAGGGGAGUUCCUGCACCCUGUGGUCUAUGCCUGCACUGCUGUGAUGUUGUUGUGCCUGUUCGCUUCUAUUAUCACCUACUUUGUGCACCACAGCACUAUCAGAAUCAGUAGAAAAGGAUGGCACAUGCUGCUUAAUUUCUGUUUCCACACCGCUCUCACUUUUGCUGUGUUUGCUGGGGGAAUCAACCGAACUGGCUAUCCCAUAAUAUGUCAGUCUGUUGGCAUUGUCUUGCAUUACUCUAGCCUGUGCACAGUCUUAUGGAUUGGUGUAACUGCCAGAAAUAUUUACAAGCAAGUUACAAGAAAACCUCUGCAAAACCAGAUUAGUGAACAGCCUGCAUUUCCAAAGCAGCCUAUGCUCAGAGAUAUUUACAUCGAGCCAAAAAGAGGGACACCUGAGGAAGAAAGGAGGACAGAGGGAUUUGAUUCCAAAAGAGGGACAGUUGGAAGGUUCUAUCUCAUAAGUGGCGGAGUACCUUUUAUCAUUUGUGGAGUAACUGCUGCAACCAACUUAAAAAACUAUGGGAAUGAGGAUAAUGCACCGUACUGUUGGAUGGCCUGGGAGCCCAGCCUGGGUGCAUUCUAUGGUCCGGUUGCAUUUAUUGUUCUGGUCACCUGUACUUACUUCCUCUGCACCUACGUGCAGCUGAAACGGCACCCUGAGCGGAAGUAUGAAUUAAAGGAAAGGACAGAGGAACAACAGAGGCUGGCAGGUGCAGAAAUGGGUCACAGUCAUAUGGCUGAAGCGGGACCAGUUGCCCAGGCAACCUGCUCCAUGAUUUCAUCAUCGCUGCUGGAAAAUGAGCAUUCAUUCAAGGCUCAGCUCCGAGCUGCUGCAUUCACUCUUUUCCUAUUUACAGCAACAUGGACCUUUGGGGCUCUUGCUGUAUCUCAAGGGCAUUUCCUGGAUAUGAUUUUUAGCUGCUUGUAUGGAGCAUUCUGUGUAACUCUAGGGCUCUUCACUUUGAUUCAUCACUGUGCAAAACGAGACGAUGUUUGGCAUUGUUGGUGGUCCUGUUGUCCAUCCAAAAGGAACGCAUACCCAGUGCCAGCCAACACUCGGCAGAAAGUAAACAUCAACGGAGAUGCCCAGGGGCAUGCAACUUGCAUUCAGGAAUCACCUUGUCCUAAUAAAUCCCCUAUGUACAAUCACCCUUCUGUGGGCCACUGCAAACUCACAAAUUUACAAGCCGCUCAGAAUCAUGUAAAUUGCCUUUCACCAGUCACGCCAUGCUGUGCAAAGAUUCACUGUGAACAGUUAAUGGAAGAUGAAGCUCACAUCCAUGUACAUAAUGAAGGUGCUUUCAGACCCAACAUGCACGUGCAUAGGUGUCUAAAGAGCAGAACUAAGCCACGCUACUUCAGUCGACAUAGGUCAGCCGCAGAAAGGGAGUACGCAUAUCACAUUCCUUCUAGUAUUGAUGGGAGUAUCCACAGCUCGCACACAGACAGUCCACAUAGUACGCACGAGGGCCACACAGGUCACCGACGGGGCUGUUGUGUAGCCAGCGAUUACCCCACCAUCAGCCAACCGGAGAGCAGCGAUGCAAGUACUGCAAUAUUUAGUUGUGGCAAAAUGCCUGACUCAGAUACUGUGCACCAUACUCACUUUGAGAUGCAACCAAGGAGACAAUCAUUCCCUUUUAACACAACAAAUCCCAACGGGGUACCCAAGGGUAGCAUGCACGAAGCCAUGAUCUAUAGUUCUGAUACAGGAAAUAUAAAAACAGGUCCAUGGAGAAAUGAAACUACUGUGUAGUUCUGGGCAUAGCUCACAUAUUUCUCCUUGCGCUGGUAAAAAAACGUAUGCCAUGUUUUCAUUUUCACUUGUUAAGUGUCUGUACAGCACACCAGCACAUGUACAAUGCUUGGUUCUGUUUUGUUCAUACAAAGAAACCGAUGACAAUGUGGCAAUUGUGAAAAAAAAUUAAGAGGAAUAAUAAGUAUUGCAAAGAACCAUGAACAUGAUGGUGGAAUAUAGAUUGAAGAGGCAAUAUCCUUUUUUUAUGUUUUGUUGAAUCCUGAGCUCUUCGUUUUGCAUAUAAAAAGGUAACUUGGCCCAAAUCAGGUGUCUGCUUUUAAGAAGAGGUGGGGGAGGGUUUGGUCCUCCAUAUACAAGCUGAAUUCACCCAGUCCAGUGACAUUGGUAAUAAGGCUUUAAAACUGUGCUUAGGCUGUGAGGUUUAUCUCCCCCACCAGGACCAACGAUAACCAUGCAGUUUUUGGGGAUCAAACCUGCCCCCACCCUUUGAAAAUCAUUUUUGUGGAGGUUGUUACUUUCAGGUUUACUUGACAAUAAAUUAUUAUAAUUUCUGUAAUAUGUCCUACACAUUCUGAUGAGAUUUUAUAUAUCUCCAAUAGAAAUCAUGUAUUUCAAUGUUGUUUAAGGAUGUGAAUGAAAGAAAAAAAAAAUCUAUUGACUAAAAGGUGGUCGUUUUGUGAUCUAAGCCAGCUUCCAGGAGAAUAUAGACACAUUUUUCCAUAGCAACCAUCAGGCAAUUAGAAUUGUGCUUGGGAUGGCAUUAGUUCUAAGUAAACUGGUACAGUAAACAUUGGUCAGAUUUGUAAAAUGGUCACUUGUAUAUUUUAGUGAAUUCAGGGUUAAAAAGUUUGCAUCUGGGGCAUGGUUUUCUAAUACUAUUUCCCAUACCCUUGCCUGCCACAAACUAAGUUAAUAGGUUAAAUACUAUUGAGCCCAUAUUCUUCAUUCUUUGUUUAAUAUACAUAUUUUUUGUAAAUGCCCUUUAAAUCAGAUUUUUUGUAUGAAGUAUUUUCAGGAAAAUUAGAAAUGCCUUCCAAUUCAUAUAGUAAGACAGAGGGAUCACCCCAUCUUGCAGCUCUCAGGUUUUUUUUCUUUUUUUUGUGACAGUGUUGUGAUUUCAAGUGCCAGGUAAAAUCUAAUAUUGGAGUAUACCCUUAAAAUGCACUAUUUCUUCAUGGUAACUUCUGUAUUUCUCUGGUCAUAUUCUGUUCUGCAAUGUGCUAUACAAAGUAAAACAGGGUUUUUACAACAA